CAGCGCCGCAGGUUCGCCCAGUUAAUCAAACAUCCUGCGAUAAACCAAGCAAGGAGAAGUCGUCUUUGUUGUUCUUUCGUGAUUCUGCUCUCUGUUUUCCAGUUCAACAUGAGUAAGUCCGGCACUUUAAAAAUGAGGAAUUUGUUCAAAGUAAAGUCACAGGAGAAAGACGGCAAGGAAGCCAAACAGUCGGACUCCAUGAGAGAUGGAGUGGCCGCCGUGUCAGGAGACAAGUCGGGGAUAUCCCCGGUGAACUCUGGUUCUGCCGGCAUCGGGUGCCCCGCCGCACUACCCGGGGACGGAGUGCUCAUUUCUCCGAAGGAAAAUAAGGGGAGGCGGAUGUUGUCGUUUAGGUUGAAGCGAAAGAAAUCUAAGCAGAAAGAAAGAGGGGCCGGCGGCGGAGGAGGAGGUGGUGAUGAUGAGUUGUUCCCCAGUGAACUGGACGUCUUCAGCAGCCAAAGACACAGGAGCUACGACCAAAUGAGCGUUUCGACAGCGUGUUCGUUCCAGACUCAGUCGGACUGGGACCUUCGAUCUGACACUAAUUCCAUGAUCUACUUCAGCAUGACUCAGAAAGGAAGUCCCACUUCACCAACCAAAUACUUCAAGAAUUCAGAAGACAAAAGGGGUGUGUUGGAUCGUCUCAGUCACUUCUUCAACCCCAAGAAGAGAAAGAGCCGAAACAGCCAGACUUCAGUCAAUGCAAGUUGUCCGGGUUCCCCAUCGCCCCCUUUGUCUCCACAAUCACCUUUGCUUAACCAGGAAAGUGGCUCAAAAACCCCUACUCCCUCCCGAAAGGAUGACAAGCCAAAAGAGACUGAACUCCGAGCAGGAGUGGAGAGUGGCAAUAACCUCAGCCAAAGCUCUAGUCCCAGUGCCUCAAGUGUGGUUUCUCUGUUGUCUGAUGAUGCAGAUAUUCCAUUUGCAGACUCAAACAGCAGUGGCUGUAGCAGUGUGAAAGAGGUUCCUGUGUGCAGGGUGAGCACUGCCAGGGACAAAAAGAAUUCAGGGAAUGUGACCCCCACUGCUUUUGACUUUGCUACUGGCCCUUUACCAUGUUCAGAUUCAAAAUCUGAAGUCGGAUUUGCAGAGUCAGUGGUCGAGGAGGUAAGCAAGAGGCUGCAGAUGGAUUUGGAGGAUAUAACGGAGAAGAAAGCAGAAUGUUUGGAUGAGGAGCGUCAUGAUAGCCCAACGAACAUGGCAACAUUUCAAAUUCCCUUUCCCAAGAAUGCUACAAUGCCCAAGUCACCUAACUUAACUUCCAUAAGUUUAGCAACAGCAAAAACAUCAGUUAAAGUUGGAGACAACGUUCACAGCACAACCCUAAAGGGAAUAACUUUGGGCUCUAUGUUACCUAGAACUCACAGCAUCCCAACUCAACAUGAGGAUCCACCAGAUGUUGGCAGGGAAAAUGCCGCACAAAGCCAUUCACAGGAAAGAGACAAAGUACCCAUUGGAGAGUCUCCUACUCAACUCUUUAAAGCCAUUCUAGUAAAUACUCACCUUGAAGAGGAGGAGAGAAUAGGGUGGGAGGACAUGAGAGCGGAAAGGGAGGAGGGCAUCAUACCACUUUCGCCUCCUGUGCUGGCCAUACCUGUCACAGUAUUUCCUGAGGAUGAGUCAGUUACUCAGAAGAGCACAGGCAACACGAGCAGCUUAGCAGAGUUGUCCUCUGCGCCAACUAUGCUGGAUUUGCAAACGACUUUACGGCAGCCAGAGGAGCCUGACACUGGCACUGACUCAAAGAAACUCCCCCUUAAGAAGAAACAAGGGUUAAAAGAAACUUGUGUUACACGCAAGACUGUGAAUCUGCCAUCAAAGGCUAAGGAUGUGGCCCAUGAAGUGCACGUGAGCACACAGCUAAGUUUGGAAAGGAAAAAGCAAGUGGGAGAAGAAGACAGCGCAGAUUCUUCAUCAACAACUUCUGAGCUGGCAAAGAAGAAUCGAUUGCUGCAACUUCGAAAGCACAGCUCUGAUGAAAACAAACAUGCAGAGUCUCCAUCAUUCAAACCAUUUGAUGAAACUGAAAACAGAAACAUAACUGAACUUUUAAGUGAAGAAAAAUCUUUGUGUCAGACAUCUGGAAUUGAGGCUCCUUCUGCAACACCUGAUAUGCACCGGGUGAAACUACAGACUGGGGUUUCAGGAAUAAGAGGCAAUGGGAUUAACCAGCCAACGUCCUCUAAACCAGUAGCAGCUGAAAAGCAGCGUACCAUUGGCAGCGUAACAAGGCCCUCGGCAACAGCAGCGGUAGGCAAGGGCAAAAAUGUGACAACAAAAGCAAAGGGUUCUAUGGAGGACAUUAAAAUUACAACAUCCAGUGAUCUACCACCACUAAAGCAACAAAGCAAUGUGAAAACAGUUUCUCUGAUAAUGCCAUCGAAAGACAAAUCCACCAGUGGUCUCACAAAGUCUAAAAUUCCCAAAAGACAAAUAUUAGAUGGUGAUAUAAAAUCACAUGUAGAAACAGAUCCAACGACACUAGUUGACAACUCGUUGGCCACUUCCAAACUCCAGAAAAACACAAGACUAGCUAAUGAAUCUUUGAAAUCUUUCGUGUCUACAACAAAAGGUGUCAGGAAAACAUGUUCCGACGAGGAAAAGGGUGUAAACGCAUUCUCAGCUGACAUUUCUCCCACUAAAGCAUUAAACCCAUUGCCACAUCCUGUGAAAGAAAAGCCAAAGGAUAUUAUUGAUGUUGUUGGGUCUACAAACUUACUAAACGGAGUGGAAGAGGGACUUAAAGUAGGACAGUCCGAUCAGGAUAAACUUGCUUCCUUAACAUCAAAGAGCCGGCUGCCUAUUUCAUCUCCAGCAAGAAAGUCGAACAAUGAAGUCCCUAGAAUGAGUGAAACCAACUGCAAAAAUGUAACAUCUCCUCAAUUGAACAGAGACAAAAAAGCCCAGAAGUGCCUAGACGAACGAGAAGCAACACACGUGAAAAGACCUGCAAGUGAGAUCCCUCCUCCCCCCAGCAGUCCCAAGAAAGUCGUCACCAACCAAGAUAAAGACAAACACUUAAAGAUUCCAUUAAACGUUUCCAGUGUCACAUCUCCUAGCAAGCUCCCAAUGAGAAGUCAGAGGAGCUCCUCCAGUCUUAACUCAAGAAAAAAUCAACUUACUUCAACUAAUGAUUCGUCAAACAUGUCUCAAUCUAAAGAGGACAGUUUACAUCCAAACAGUAACACAGAGACAACUGUCCAACCAAUAGACAGUAUUGCAUCAGAUCUUAUUAAAAACAGUUCCACUGUGGGUAAUCAUCAGGUUGAUUCUGGGUCAAACAAGGAGAAAGAAAAGUGUGUGACACAUACAAAUCAUUCUUGUGCCAGUGAAUCCAUAGAGAAAAUGAGACCGCCCCAGGGGUUAGAAGAGGCCCCAGCUAGUCCCAAAGGAAACACUUCAGAAACUCACAUAAUCAAGAAUAAUGAAACAGUGGUUAUAGUAAAGCUUAAAGACAAAGUUAACCCAGAAAAUAACGAUGUGAUAGCUGAGGUAGUACCCACCAAGGGAGUACCCAGUGCUGAGACUAAUCGGCAGGAAAAGGAGUACAAAGCCCUACAAGAGCUGAAAUUGGAGCUUUCACCUAAAAAUGGAUCUGAAUUCAAAGGUGAUAGCACGGCCGUGGAAAUGCAAAUGUUACAAUUGUACUCAGCGAAUGUAAAGGACAAGGUACUUCCGGAGACAGUCAUGCUUGCAAAUGACAUAAAACGAGAAAAGGGUAUUUCAGAAGAAGAUUCAGGAAUGAUGGCUCAGGCUGCUAAGGCAGCUCAUGAUAACCUAAUGGAUAGUUCUGUCAACGCUCCCUUAGGUGACAUCCUUCAAUGUGACAGCAUUAUACCCUCUCACCAGGUAGGCGCUUCCAUUGGUCCAGAUGAAGAAAAUGCCGAUGUUCAUCUAAAUGAAUCGGAGCUGAAAAGCCUUAUUUCAGCUACAUCUAAAAUUUCUUCAAACACUGCUGAUAAAAAGAAAGAUUUUGAAAUUAUUGAGGAAAAAAGUACAAAAAAAAAUCAUCAAAAUAUGUUGCUACCCACACUGGCCAUAGAUUCAAUCACAAGUGCUCCAGAAGAGGAGAAAAAAAAAGAGGUUGGCAAAAAACCAACACUGUUCUUGAACACAGAGAAUCUUUCUGAAGCUCUCAAGGAGGUUGAAAAUCAUCUGGACAAAGAGCCUCUUUUAGAAGCACAAGAAUCCAAAAACGAAGAAAAAGAAUUAAAGUCCAAUGAAAAGCUGAAUGACACAGCAGUGAUGGGCAACAACUGCAUCAGAGAGCUCAAAGCCACAGAAAACGAAGGAGAGAAAGUCAUCACUAAACCAAAACAAUCAACCCAGCUAACAGCAGAAAAUGAAUAUUUACCGCUGGCUGCAGAAGAGGAAAUGCAAACUGUAAACACCACAGAAAAGUACAAGAGUAGUAACACGCUGAAAGAUGAUGAAAUAACUGCAGUGUAUGGAAAUACAACCAAGGUCUUGGAUUCCAAAGAAGCUAUUGAGGUUUCUUUGAAGAAAAAUACAACAGGUCUAGAUAAUGAAUCUAAGCAGCCAAUGGAUCGACCAACAGUACAAAAAGAACUGGACCCCAAAGCACCUGGAGCUGAAGAUGAGGGAACCAGGAAUAACAAUGAAAUUCAGGACAAACACAGUUCUGUUAAAAGGGAGGAUCAAAGGCAAAUAAAGACAAUGGAAUCGACUAAAGAAAAAACAAAUCUUUCGUCGAUAAAAAGUUUAGUGAAUGAAAGUUCAUACAAGAGUCCCAAAGCAGAAGUUAUUACCCAAGAAGACCAGGAUCCUGUUGGAGUACGAGAUAAGAGUGUUGAGAAACUAAAUGAAAUUGCUGAUUCAGCAAAGGCAAUAAAUGCUGAAAAAACACUGGAAAGUCAAAGUCUUGUUGGGGUGGCACCGGAGCCUUCUCAACAAGAAACAGGAACAAAGAGUUUGGAAGAAGAAACACCACCUGCCACAAAUAAGUGUGAAAUUGGGAAUAUAAUUGUAAAUGAUGAAACUCAUGUUAAUUUUCAAGAGCACGAGGGCUCUGUAAACAUUAGACCUGAUGAUGAGGUCCAGAAACAGAGUGAAAACACUCUUCAGGACACAGAUUGCAAAGUGGUCAAUGUAAUUCAAGAAAGCGAAGCAAAAAUGGUAACAGCAGAAGCUAUGGAGAACAUACCCAAAGAUUCUGAAAAGCUUGCAAAAUUAAGUUUGCUUUUAAGGCAAACAGAUAAUGGAAAGAGUGAUAUUAAAGAAAAAGGAGUAUCUAAACAAAAUGAUGAGCAAAUGAUGGCUGCAACGCUGAAGUUAAAACGCAGUCAGAUUGAGAACACAGAACAAAAAGUCUUGACCACUGGAGUUUUAAAAAGUUCAUUUGAUCAAAAUGCCAAAGAGCCCAAAGAAAAGAAAAAGAGGGAACAAACCAAUAAAGCAGCUAAAAACCUCAAUACGUCUCAACAACCAGUAAAAGCACCAGUCAAUGUUGUCUCCGCUCUUCCUAGUGGAUUGAAACCACUGAGUGAAUGUCAGGGAAUUCAGCUCAAGAAGGAGUUGCCAUCUAGCUGGUUAGAUGUGGAACAUCAUCACAAACAGAAAAAGGGCAACAGACUGAAAAUAAAUAACUCGGCCAGUGAAGACGAAUCUCUUGAACCGGAUGAGUUUCAGGAUUUCAUCAAGAGCAUUAAAGCAGGCGGCAUUCCCUUCCCACUGCCUCCUAAGAAGCACCCACGUAAGAAGUCCCCAUCCCCCCCUUUUGCCAUGCCAGCCAUUAGGGAGGAUCAUUUUGAAAAAACGUUUGAUCCAGAACAGUUCCAGUUCGGCUUGAGAAAGAAAGGCAAACUUUUGAAGGAUCCAUCUCCGGCGAUGGUGUUGAAACAAAAAGCAGCCAAUCGGGCAGGACGGAGUGUGGAAAAACAGGGACCAGUCAAUUCCACACCCUCAGGUGAAAACCAAAGGGAAUUACUUGAUGAGGAAAAAGGAAAACCUGAAGUCAAAGAGGGACCAACGAUUGAGCAGAACAAUGGAAAGGGGCCAGGGAGGCUAUCAUCCCGGUUAGAAAGGAUAUCCAUCCUCUCUAACCUACUGAGUUCCCCUCGGUCCAGUAAGAGGAGCCAAGAGGAAGCAGCCUCUGACCAAAAUAAAGCUUCAUCCAAACAACAUACAAAUGAGCCCUCGCUUGGAAAGCAGGAAGCUGUUGAUGCAACCUUUCCUGAACACGAAUCAGAUAUGAAGGGCGUGGCGAGCAGCGAUGUAGGCUCUGCUGUGGGUGGUUGUACAGCUGCUGUCAGUGAGUCAACAAUUAGCCCCUCCCUGCCUUCUUUGCCCCUGUGUUCACAAAUCAUACUGUCAAAAUGUUCAGGGGAAAAGCUUGACGACAGAGGAGAGUCUGAGACUGUCUCGGACCCCACAAAGGCACCUAAAACCAACCAGGAUCCUGAUAAACUUAUUCCAAUGGACAAGCCUUUAACACCUAAAGUCAAUAAUGCUGAGCUACCGCCACCCACCAAAUGCAUCACAAAGACUCCUCGAAAGAAAAACUCUAAGACACCUGUGGUGAAAGGGUUCCACAAAAGACCCGGAAAGCUUUUCAUACAUGAACAUGAUGACUUGGGUGCUGAAGUGUAUGAACUUUGUAGUGAUGUCGAAGAUGCCACACAGAUGAAACUCUCUCCUGUCAUCUUGGUGCAAGUCAUCAGAGGAUGUUGGCUCCUGUAUGAACAUAAGGGCUUCCAGGGCUGUGUCAUUGCCCUCGAAGAAGGUCAAACAGAUCAUAUAGUGAACAUGUGGGCUGAGGAUGGUGCCGCAACAACUCUGGACGAGAAAGAUCAGCCAGUAUCACCAACACCCAUGACCAUCGGAUCUAUUCGACUGGCAGUAAACGACUAUACCCAGCCCAGAAUUGACCUGUUUACAGAAGUGAAUGGUUUGGGAAGGGUGUCAUCUUACUGUGAUGACAUGAUUGAAAUUGGUUCCUUUGGGAUCCCCCAGGCCACUGGUUCCAUCAAGGUCCAUUCUGGAGUCUGGCUUGUGUACAGUGAUCCUGGCUUUAGAGGUUUCGUAGGAGUGCUGGAAGUGGGCGAGUAUCCUUGUUCAGAGACCUGGGGUUUCUCUCAACCCUUUGUUGGCUCCUUCAGGCCCCUUCGAAUUGGAGCAAUAAAAGUGGAACAUCCCAAAGAGGUCAAGGCGCUGGUGUUCAAGAAGCCCAAUUUUGAAGGCGAGUGUUUAGAGGUGGAUGGUGAUUUGUACAACUUGAGUGAAGACAAGGGAGAAGCAGAGCAAGGCACCACUGGUGGAACUAAGAAAAUCUCUACAGUGGGCUCGCUCAAGAUACUUGGUGGCCUCUGGGUUGGCUAUCUAGAGGCAGACUUUGAGGGUCAGCAAUACAUCCUGGAGGAAGGAGAGUAUCCUCAUUGCAGUGAUUGGGGUGGAUCUGAGGAUGGUCUUCUCUCCAUUCGGCCCAUUAGGACUGAUUUCCUGUCCCCGCAUAUUAAAUUGUUCAGUGAGCCUAACUUGGAUGAGCGGGGUCUCAGUGUAGAUUUGAUGGGCCACGUUGUCAACAUGGCGGAUAUUGGGCAUGGCAUAAAAACCCAAUCUAUCAAGAUCCUGAGUGGGGUCUGGGUGGCAUUUGAGAAUCCUGCAUUCAGUGGUGAGCUCUACAUCCUGGAGAGAGGCCUGUAUUCAUGUCCAGAAGACUGGGGUGCCCAGAAUUUCAAGAUCUCAUCAAUCCAGCCAGUCUUCAAUGAAUCUCUGUUGGAGUCUAAGUUCAAGGUGCAGCUGUUCUCUGAGCCUGACUUUCAGGGUGAACUGAUGGUUCUGGAGGACAGUGCAGCAACUUUGGAUGAGGACUUUGUGCCCAGGUCCUGUAAGGUCCUGGCUGGCAGAUGGAUCACUUACGAAGGCAGAAACUUCACUGACAACAUGUACUUCCUGGAGGAAGGAGAAUACCCCGACACUGACUUCAUGGGCUUCUUGUCGUCAGACGUGAGGGUCCGCUCCUUGCAAACUGUUGGCCAUGAGUUGUCGCUCCCCUCCCUCCUGCUCUUCAGCAAGUUGGGCUGCACUGGUCGCAAGGUGGUGCUGACUCACGGGACAGUGAAUCUGCACCAGGCGGGUUGGGGCGCUCACAUACGCUCUCUGGUGGUGGAGGGUGGAAAGUGGGUGCUGUACGAAGGCUGCAACUAUCGCGGUCGACAGCUCCUGCUCCAGCCGGGCCAAGUGGCCGACUGGUCCAAGUUCAGUGGAUGGAAGGCCAUCGGAUCGCUGCGGCCAUUGCUGCAGAAACAGAUCGGUAUCCAUCUGCGGAACAAUGAGACAGGAUGUGUGAUGUCGUUGAUGGGGGCGCUGGAAGACAUCCACCUGAUGAGGGUGCACGCCGUGGAAGACACGGGUGGCGAAGAGCAACUCUGGCUCUAUCGAGACGGUUAUCUUACCUGCAAGCUGGCGGAGGACUGUUGCCUGGAGACCACAGGCAACAUGCUGAUGGCAGGCAGUCGGCUUUGUGUGUCCCCAGAGGCAGGAAAAGACAAUCAACUGUGGGACGUCACCUCAGACGGCCUGGUGCGCUGCCACUUCAAACCUGGCCUGGUCCUUGAGGUCAAAGGAGGUCAUCAAUAUGACAAGAACCUGGUGAUCCUCAAUACGUUUGAGGAGGGGAAAACAAACCAAAGAUGGACGCUGGAGAUUUUGUGACCGGAUGGGCCACACUGUGGCACUCAGACGCGACUCCGCUAGUGGAGCUCCUCACACCACUCAGAUGAGUCCCGAGUAGGAUCUUGCACAAUCACUGCACUCCUGUAGCAUUUGGACCCUUGUGGGGGAGGGUAACCAUGUUCUGAUAUUUGAGUAGCUGUUAAGAUUUUUAUUUUGUUGAUAUUGUUUUUGCGUUUUACAAUGAAGAUAAAUAUGUAUCCUUUCUAUAUGUUACAUUGCAUAUGGUGAAUCGUCAGCCCUGGUUUAAUGGUGCGACUCUUUCUCUUGACGUUAUGGUACGUGUCUACUACAUGGUGUGUGUUUCCUCAUGGAUGGACGCAAUGAAGUCUAAACACCAAAGAUAUAUUUUAUUUACACAUUUUGCCACUUCUGUUGGUAAUAGUAUUGUAAAGUUUUUCAAUGUUUUCACAGUACGUUUUAACACUGAAUGUGGUUCACGUUAUUAGAUUGUAGAUUUAGAGUUUGAACAUUUGAAUCAACUGUUGUAAAUAUGUAAACAUAAAAGGGGAAAAAUACCCGUUCUGUUAUA